GGCAGUGUGUGCAGAACCGAAACUACUUCGUCCAAAAAGACGGAAAAAAGAGCAGCAAAAAUGAGCUUCUUACACGAGGAAUACACACCAGAUGAAGAUGAUCCUAAGUAUUUCACCUUCGAGGUCUCUUGGGAAGUGGCCAAUAAAGUUGGUGGCAUCUAUACAGUCAUCAGAUCUAAAGCAGGUACGACCGUUGAGGCAGUUGGCGACCUCUAUUGCAUGAUGGGAAUCUAUAAUGACAAGCAGUGUACGAUGGAAGUUGAAAUGAUGGAGCCAGAAUCUGAAAGUAUGAUGGGUGCAUUACAAGCCGUGCGCGGCAAGGGAGUCAAGGUAUAUUUUGGAAGAUGGCUUAUUGAGGGCUAUCCAAAGGUUGUCUUGUUUGAUAUUGGCUCCGUUUACCAUAAACUCAAUAAGUGGAAAAGUGAAUUCUGGGAAGCUGUUCACAUUGGCCUCCCAGAUGCCGAUACAGAGAGCAAUGACGCUUUAGUACUGGGCUAUUUAGUGGCACAGUUUAUAUCAGAGUUUCGUUCGCGCUACGACCAGAACAUCCCAGUAGUUGCACAUUUCCAUGAGUGGCAAACAGGGGUGGGGCUUAUGAUGCUACGCACACUCAAAGUGAAUGUGGCAACAGUGUUUACUACCCAUGCCACCCUUCUGGGGAGGUACUUGUGUGCCGCUAAUGUCGACUUCUAUAACAACCUGGAGAGGUUUGAUGUAGACAAGGAGGCCGGUGACAGGAACAUCUACCAUCGUUAUUGUUUAGAGAGAGCUGCAACACACUUAGCUCAUGUUUUUACUACUGUAUCACGUAUAACUGCCGAUGAAGCAGAGCACUUAUUGAAGMGAAAAGCAGAUCUUGUCCUGCCAAAUGGACUGAAUGUCGUAAAGUACAUUGCAUUGCAUGAGUUUCAGAAUCUUCAUGCCAAGUCCAAAGACAAAAUCAGUGACUUUGUCAGAGGCCAUUUUUAUGGGCACUUUGACUUUGAUUUGGAUAAGACAUUAUAUUUCUUUGCCGCUGGGAGGUAUGAGUACUUCAACAAGGGAGCAGACUUAUUCAUCGAAGCUUUAGCAAGACUCAACCAUCACUUGAAGUCUACAGGCUCAGACAUGACUGUUGUGGCCUUCAUGAUAUUCCCUACUUCUACUAGUAACUUCAAUGUGGAUUCUCUUCGAGGACAGGCUGUUACCAAGCAACUCAAAGAGACAGUAACUGAGAUCCAAGACAAGAUUAGCAAGAGAAUAUACGAGUCCUGUGUCAAAGGUGUAGUACCUACGGGGAAUGAGCUCUUGACUCCUGAUGAUAUCGUCAGACUAAAGAGAUGUGUUCUUGGUGCACAGCGUCCCAGUCUACCACCUGUGGUGACCCACAAUGUCAAUGAUAGUUCUGUGGAUCCUAUUCUUUGCCACAUCAGAAGAACCCAGCUCUUUAAUGGACCUCACGAACGAGUCAAGGUUGUCUUCCACCCAGAGUUUCUGUCCAACAUCAACCCUCUGUUGGCCAUGGACUACAGUGAAUUCGUUCGUGGGUGCCAUAUGGGUGUCUUCCCUUCGUAUUAUGAGCCAUGGGGCUAUACCCCUGCCGAGUGCACAGUGAUGGGGAUCCCGUCCGUAACGACCAACCUGUCUGGUUUUGGUCGCUUCAUGGCCGAGAAUGUGACGGACCCAACCUCAUACGGGAUCUAUAUCGUAGAUAGGAGGUUCAAAUCAGCUGAAGAGUCCAUUCAAGAGCUAUUCAACUAUAUGGUCAGCUUUUGCAGCCUCACACGAAGACAAAGAAUUAUUCAACGAAAUCGAACCGAAAGGUUAAGUGAACUGCUUGACUGGAAAAGUCUGUUUAAGUAUUAUGCUCGUGCCCGUCUUCUUAGCCUUCAUCGUCUCAAUCCUGACAAAUACCGCAAGCCAAGGUUGUUUGACGAGCUUCGUUGUCAAUUCACCUACCCCAGACCAGGCUCUGAACCCCCCUCCCCCGCCCCCCCAGAAGCUGGUUCAGGAUCAGAGUCAGAGACAGAAGAAGACCAACAGUAUCGCCUGUACGAAAAUUAAGGUUUACAAUUUAUUAGGAGUCAAUUAUAUACAAAAUAUGGAGUGAGUYAGCGGUUAGUUAUUUUAUGGUCAGCAGUUUAGUUGUGCAUGCGUAGUAGCAGAUAUCAGAGUUACGAUCUAUUGUCUUCAAACAGUUGUUUUAAGUCGAAGCAUUUGGGUCAAUACAAUAAGUGUAGAAUAAGUAUAGAAACUGUUCCAAAUGCAACACUUUUUUGAAGGCAAUAGAGUGUAUCUCUAAUGUCUGCUAGAACAUGAAAAGUCAAUUUAAUUUCUCUGAGCCCUCGUGCUGUUUGUUCAGCAGCGUUUCUAAGGGAGUAUAAUUUUUGGAAUUAGGGGAGAGGGGUGGAAUGGAUAGUGUCGUAUAUUGCAAGUGCGACCAUUUAAUGCACAUCUGCCUGGAGGGAUUCCCGCGGGAUUUUAAAAAAAGGAACUCCCAGAUGCAUAAAUAGAGGCUUUGCACCAUCACGUGAUGGCAGCCAUGAAAAAGCCAACCAUCCUUUACUAGUAGGAAAAUAAUCGCCCUUCCUCUAAAGCAGUGUAAUAAUUUAGUCUGAAAAUGAAAUCUUCCUUAUUGAAAUGGUCUGUCCAAGCAGGCGCCAUUCACAAGAUAUUAACAUGAGAAGAGACUGGGUACCAGAAUGACUAUAAGCUAAGAGUCCUCGCCUUUUGGAAGUUGGAGGUAUGACUGGUAAUGACCUCGUGAAAUUUCGUUAGGAGAUAAAAUAAAAAACUUCACCUUCUCACUGUGUCCCCCUAUUUCUUCCCAUAAUCCUGUGCACCACACGUUCGUUACCAGUUUUUCCUCGAACGAGUAUGACUAGUCCAGCAAUUGAUUAGGUAACAUUAUUAAUUAUUAGUUUUAGUCGAGUUUAAUAAUACUUUGAUAAACAUAUUAAAAAUACAAUUGGUAAGGGAUAGUAUUAGGGGGAAAAUGAAUUCCCAUGUAAAAGCUACUCUCCGAAAAAUAUUAUCUCAUUCUUUGCAUCAUUACCAAGUUGGUGUACCGUAAA